AUGUUUAAUCUUUCCUUAAACAUGCAAUUCUCCAGUCUUACUUUGAUUGCCGCCUCCGUUGCCGCCGUUUCUGCUUUUAACGUUACUGAAACCAACUACUCCACUCAAGAAGUUACCAUCUCUUCUUGUGGUCCAGAAGUGACUGAUUGCCCAUACACUAACAAGACCGUCCACAACGUCACCUCCACUUUCGAAGGUGCUGCUGCUAAGCCUUUCGCAUUCGGUGCUGCUGCUUUGGCUGCCGGUGCUUUGUUGGCUUUGUAG